CGACCACACGCGGCUCAGUUGCGACGUUUAUUCGGCGUCCACCAUGCAGCACUACACUACACAAACACUCCGACUGGAAGGAGAAGCGCGAGAGAGAGCAGCUUGUCUUCCUGUAAACACUGCGCGCGUCCGCGGCUCACACUGUGGAUCAAAGCUGUGCUGGUCAUACUCAUCAUGGGCUAAGAGCAGCACGCCGGGAUUACGCGCUUCAGCCAUGGAGACGCGGAUUUUCUGCUCUGAUUUUCCUUUUUCCCCCUGAAGACAGGAAGCGCAAAUACUGAACUGAUAGAGGGGAUCCAUUAACCCUGUCGGCUUGUGUCUUGGUUUGCUCUGCUUGCUGUUCUUUUGGUCUUGUUUUUGGGGGAGAGAUGAUUGCAGAUUUGGUGUGUAGCGCUGUGGCUCUGGUCCUGUAUGUCAACACACUGGGCGCUGAUUUCUGCUACGAUGACAGCCGUGCUAUCAAAACCAACCAGGACCUGCUUCCCGAGACGCCAUGGACCAACGUGUUCUACAAUGAUUUCUGGGGUACACUGCUCACACACAGCGGCAGCCACAAGUCCUAUCGGCCACUCUGUACACUCUCCUUUCGCAUCAACUAUGCCCUGAGUGGCCUGGAGCCAUGGAGCUACCACUUGGCCAACGUGGCACUGCACUGCGCCGUAACGGCACUGUUCACGCACCUGGCGCGCCUGCUGCUGGGUACAGGCUGUUGGAGGCUGCUAGCGGGCCUGCUUUUCGCCUCGCAUCCUGUUCACACCGAGGCUGUUGCGGGCAUCGUGGGCCGGGCUGAUGUGGGUGCUGCGCUGUUUUUCCUCCUGGCAUUGCUCUGCUAUGUGGGGCAUUGUGACCAGCGGGCGGAGGGGGCACAGCGUCAGUGUUGGGCGUGGUUCGUGGGCAGCCUGGCCUGCUCAGCCUGCAGCGUGUUGUGGAAGGAGCAGGGUAUCACCGUGCUCGCCGUGGCAGCUGUCUACGACGUGUUUGUCUUCCACCGGAUGAAGCUGCAGCAACUCCCCGGAAUCUUCUACAAGAAGAAGAACAUGCGCCUCUUGCUGAGUGUGUUUCUUCUGGGCUCCUGGGGGAUCUUCUUGCUGGGGUUCCGCCUCUACUGGAUGGGCAGCAAACCUCCAAAUUUCUCCAACUCUGACAACCCUGCAGCAGACUGCCCAUGUUUUCUGACCAGGGCUCUCACUUUCUUCUAUCUGCCUGCCAUGAAUGUGUGGCUCCUCCUUUGCCCAGACAGGUUGAGCUUUGAUUGGUCCAUGGACGCGCUACCUCUUCUGAGGACCAUCACCGACUGGAGAAACCUCCAUACCAUAGUAUUUUAUGCCAUGAUGCUGGCACUGGCAUGGUUUGGCAUCUUUACUCGAACAUUCAAGGAGAAGGAGACAAAUGGGAAGGCCCAUGUAGCAAACGGAAAGUCCAGCACAAAUGGACACAGUUAUCAUUCUGACUAUGAACACUCCAUUCCAGACUCAGACUCUGUUCAGACAAAUGGGACCAAUGGGACCAAAAAGCACUAUAUAGCUAGGACUUCUUUGCCCACCACUGAGAACGUAGUGGUCUUCUCAUUAGGGCUGUUGGCCAUCCCUUUCCUCCCUGCCACCAACGUCUUCUUCUACGUCGGUUUCGUAGUGGCAGAGCGGGUCCUCUAUAUCCCCAGCAUGGGCUUUUGUCUGCUGGUGGCAGUGGGGAUGAGAGCACUCUGGAUCAGACUAAGGACGAACUCGUCCAGGACACUGGUGCUCGCCUGUAGUGCUUCUCUCGUGCUGUUAUUUGGAGUUAAGACAUUUCUGAGGAACCAGGACUGGCAUAAUGAGGAGAUGCUGUACAAGUCAGGGAUAACUGUGAACCCUGCUAAAGCUUGGGGGAACCUGGGAAAUGUUUUGAAGAACCAGGGGAACAUGGCAGAGGCUGAGCGAGCCUACCGAAACGCUCUAUACUACCGGAGGAACAUGGCCGACAUGCUGUACAACUUGGGUCUGCUCCUACAGGAGAGCAACAAGUUCUCAGAGGCGCUCCACUACUACAAGCUGGCCAUCGGGAGCAGGCCAACUCUCGCUUCUGCCUACUUGAACACGGGUAUCAUCCUGAUGAACCAGGGCCGCCUCGAUGAGGCCAAGCGAACGUUCCUCACCUGCGCUGACAUUCCUGAUGAAAACCUGAAGGAUCCUCAUGCACAUAAGAGCUCAGUCACCAGCUGCCUCUAUAACCUAGGCAAACUGUUGCAUGAACAAGGCCACCAGGAGGAAGCCCUGUCUGUGUAUAAAGAAGCAAUCCAGAAAAUGCCCAGGCAGUUCGCUCCUCAGAGCCUCUACAACAUGAUGGGCGAGGCCUACAUGAGGAUGAACAAGUUAGCUGAUGCUGAAUACUGGUACAGGGAGUCUCUCCGGGCCAAACCAGACCAUAUACCAGCACACCUCACCUAUGGCAAGCUUCUGGCCAUGACGGGUCAGAAAGCCGAAGCAGAGAAGUACUUUAUGAAGGCCAUUCAGCUUGAUCCCGCUAAAGGAAAUUGCUACAUGCAUUACGGUCAGUUUUUGCUAGAGGAGUCCCGCCUCCUGGAAGCUGCCGAGAUGGCGCAGAAGGCUGCUCAGCUUGACAGCGAGGAGUUUGAUGUGGUUUUCAGUGCGGCGCAUAUGCUCAGACAAGCCAGCCUCAAUGAUGCAGCAGAGAAGUACUACAAACAAGCUGCUAGCCUGAGACCUGAUUACCCUGCAGCCUUGAUGAACCUUGGUGCUAUCCUUCAUCUGAACGGCAAACUUCAAGAGGCUGAAGCCAAUUACCUGCGAGCCCUGCAGCUCAAACCUGACGAUACCAUUACCCAGUCCAACCUGCGCAAGCUGUGGAACAUCAUGGAGAAACAAGGCCUGAGGACAAUGGCCCCUUGACUCAAACACACUACGUGGGGUUCAGUGUGAAAGAUACCUUCUCACGCGAAGUGAUCCAUAUCUUUAGCAGUUCAGCAGGAAUUGUUUUUAGAGACUGAGAUGUUUCCCUCAUGGGGAAUUUUGGGAUAAAAAAAAAUUUGGUACGUUGGAGAACUUGCUUGAGAACUGCAAAUUUAACACAUGCAAGAACUUCUUUGGAAUUUUUGCCCUGUGCAGGACUUGGCGUUCUCAACAGGAGCACUUAAGUUGAAGUGGGCUGUUGGUACAUACUUGAAGUUUCUCAGUACUUUGGCUAUUAAUUAGAUAAAUGAUGCCUAACGGAAUAUGUAGGGCUGCGUUUGUCAUGAAGAAGUACAAAAUUAGGAAAGAACGAGUUUAGUGCUCAGAAACAAAAGAAGCAUUUUAAUAUCAUUGCGUUCCUUGAUUCAUAUGAUUAGAUUGUCUAAUCUUUAAGGAAGCUUUCUUGAUGCUGAUCACAGGAAUCACAUAGUCAACAAAGAAAAUCUGUCCACCUGUAAUGGUGCACCAUUGUUUUGGGGGGUUUUUAACCACAUUUUCCACUCUUUUUUUUCUUUUUUUUUAUCAUUGUUGCACUAUUGCCAAUUCUUAACGCCUAGCCAAUUCCCCCUUACUACAGUUACAAACAAGAGAGUGCAAAGGCUAGAACAUGCUUCCUCCAUGACAUAAUCUUUUCACAUUGCUGCUCUUGCAACAUCACAUAGCAGCUGAAAAUGCAUGAAGGAAAGCGUUAAAUGUUCUCAUUUGUAUGCAUGAGCUGACCAUUUCACACAGUUGACUAGUGAUGCAAUAAACUACCUGAAAGAGGCAAAUAUUGGCCACCUAUAACGGGCAACAAUGGCCAUCCCUCCAUCACCGAAAGGAGGGCUUUAAAGAAGCAAAUAAUGGCCACCAAUAAUGGUCAACAAUCGCCAUCCCUCCAUCACAGAAAGGAGGGCCAAUUAUUCUCUCGUGGAUGUCUGGCCACUUGUGUUUGUCAGGAUCCAAAUCCACAAUCUCCUAACAACAGGACGAACAUUUUACAGUUUAGCUAUUCAGCAGCCUCAAUCAUCUGUUUUUUGUAAUAUCGAGUCAUUGUCAUAUUUCACACAAUGUUUGGUCAUUAAUUUUUAUACAUUUCAUCUGCAAACAUAUUUGUCAAAUGAUUGCAUGAUAAUGAGUAAGCUCUGAAGGCGCUGACAAGAAAUGAUGAAUUGCCAUAUUGAACAUAAGAAAAGGUCAUAUACUGAAAUAAGCUCUUGUAGCAUUUUUGGCAUAUUAGUGUCAUGGAUGGUGAUCAUCGUUACAGUUGGAUUCAUUUGAAGUGUUUUGCCAAAAAAAAUGACAUGCGCCCAUGAAGAUAAUAAGCUACAUAUAGCUUGAAGGAUUUUUUUUCUUUAAAAAAAAAAAAAAAAGCAGCAAAACAUGUACUGUAGCACAGAUGGUUUCUUUGCUGGUUGUUCAUUUCUUUGCUAACUAAGAAGUUUAGUCUAUAAUUGCCACAGAGCUAAAUGACUUUCAGAUCACUUGACUCUGUGUUUUGCCCAACAGGGUUUUAUCAGUUGUAAACAUUGUACAGAAAUGUAUAGAUGGGAUGGUGUAGUAAUUUAGGUGUAAUCUGGACAGGAUUUAUGCACACAAUGCUACACUUUGGCCUUAUAGAAAUUUGUUCAAAUCAUAUUUUUUACUAUUUCAACCCAAAGCUUUAUCUACUAUAUAUGUGCUGAAGCCUACAGUCUGCCUUUUUCUGCCAUAUGAGUAACACAACCCGAAUCUCGGAUUUCUCAGUCAUUUUAAAGCAUUCAUUUAGAGUGUGCUGUAUUAUUUAUUUAUUUGGGACAAUUUCCAGUCUGUUCAUUUUUCUAGAUGGGUUAAUAAAAAUGACGAACAUUGGGCUCCAUUUAUCAAUCUUUUGGUACAGGCCAAACCAAACAGAACAUAUUUACAAAUGUUUCCCGAAAGCUAUUUUCCUUUGUCCUCACGUGUGUAUGUUGUUAAAUGCCAAUCCAUACAUUACCAAGUGUGUUAAUGGUAUAGCUUAUUGACAUUUAGUGACUCCAUAAAAGGUAAAGUUUGUGGUGAACGAGUGUCUUCUAAGCAUGGUGUGCGCUAAAUAUUCCAGUAGUGCAGCUCAGCCAUUGCAGCACAUCAGCUCCGAUAGACACACACUAACUCUUCCUCCUUUUAUAGGAUGCCAUUUCUUUUUGCUCAUAUUAAAUAGUUGGUAUCCUAUGGCUUCAUUUAUUAAUCUGUUUUGGAUUUCAUUUGAAAUUAAGUUUUACACAAUGUUCACUAAAUUAGUGUGUGCAGUUGAAAUAAGUAAGCUAUUUAAAGUUGUAAUCUGUAUGUACAAAUGCAGUAACAAUUAUAUGAUUGUAAGCCUGUCAGUGGAGGUUUACAAUAGUGAGUCGCCUUAUACAUGAAUCUGCACAAAGUCUCAUAGGAUACGGAAAGGUUUCUAUUCCAAACUAAUAGAAUUUUCAUGAAUGGCAAAUUUCUUGAAUAAAUUCCCUUUGGGAACGAUUUACAAAUAAAUUUAUUCGUAUCCAGUGCGAUAUAUGAGGCCCAAUAUCACAUACUGGAAAUAUACAUUUGAAUUUGUGUUUAAUUUGGAAAUGGAUCAAGCUUACAGUUUAAAGAUGAUUAGGUAUGAGACUCAGAGCAUCACCUACAGCCCAUGUAUUUCCAAGCUGGCACCAGGCUUCAUGUUCCUCCAGCAGUAUGAUUCCACAAAUAUCCCCUGAUUAAAGACAUUUUUUUCUCUGCUCUGUCAGAACAAAGCCUCUCUGAGCCAAACGUUUAGCUAAAAGCUCUGCCAGUUGGAAAACAAUUCGUUGAUGCAACAGUGCUAAACAGGAAGCGCUUGAGCUACUACAUGGCCAUGUUCUUCUGAUUGCCUUUCACUUGGUUUCACAGCAAAACUGUAGCCGAAUUGUGUCAGAUGCAAAGCUCUGAGUGUCUCCUAACCAAAUAUAAACCGCAUUACACUCAUCUAACAAUGCACAGCCAUAGGUUUGUAAGGGAUUGUUUAUAUGUCAUCUUGGUGUUUAAUUUUUGUGAUUUUAUCACUCAUACUGAAUUUUAGUGUAUAAAGUAAACGUAAUAUAUGCCAUUAUGUAAAAUAUACCUGAGAUUUCGCGAAGAACAGUGAGCCAGAAAUCACUAAAUCCUAACAUCCACUUCUCUUUCUAUCAUUUUUUUCUCUGUUUUUAUUUCAGAUGUUAAUAUUUGUACGUAUCGUGUGCAAAUAUAUUACUUGUAAUUAACUUUCAUGUACUGUAGUCAACCCUACCACUAGCUCAUGUUUUUCUUGUUUAUUUCAAAUCAUGAAGAAUAUUCAGCUUUUAUUUUAUUUUUUAUUUUUUUUUUAAAUAAGUUUGCUCACUAUAUUUGAAAGGCAUAUUAUUGGAUGUUUAUCAGAUUUUAAUUUAUUUCCAUUGUGGUGUCUUGUAAAAAAAAAAACGAAAAAAAAAACGAAAAAAAAAAACUAAUAAUAAACCAGCUGGCACUGUGUUGUAUAACCAAGUAACUGAUAUCCAUCUAUUCUUUCUUUCAGAGCCAUUUUUGUAAGCACAUUGCUAUUUAUAAUAGGGUAGAAAUAGCCAACCUGUUAACUGCCCUACUCUUAAAUCAGUUGGGGUUUUUUUGUUGUUGUGUUUUACGAUGGGCAUUCAUCUAUAAUCUCAAUAACAUAAGCAUAUUUUACAAUCAGGCUUACUGGAUUAUAAUUAAGGAAAAAUGCAAGCAUUGUGCCACUAUCAUUGUUCCUUUGCUUCUCCCUGUAUUUGACCUCACCACAGCCCAUCUCCUCUCCAUAAAUCUUGGCUCAUGAUGGAUUUAAAUGGCUAAGACUGUGUUCAGACCAUGCAGUGUGUAGCUAUACUCAGCUAUACCAUUACGUGCGAAAGUAGUGCAUCUUUACCACUGUCCUUUUUCUUCACUUGUACAAAAUGAAAACCAUUAAACAUGAGUCUUGCGUGUGUUUGAAUUUCCUCAGGGAUUUCAGUCAGGGGGGUCAUCGCAGAAGAGUGCUUAUUGAGCACUGAGAGUUUACUUAAAAAAAAUUUAAGUGUGUUGUAUUUGUAUAAAUUAUCAAUUUGUAGCGUUCCUUUCUUCCCUUUUUGUAAUAUAAAAUAAAAUAUGUGCCAGAUAUGACUUUUGCUCAUAUCACAAGCUGGA